AUGCAAUUUGCUGCUUACCUCCUUGCUGGAGGCAUCUACGUUGGUUUGCUCCAUGCACCUACGCGCUUGAACGUGGCUGAUGCUCCUUCUCGCCAGAAGCCUCUGCCCAGCCCAGCGCACGAGUCCCUGAUCGCUGACCUUGGUGCCGCCGAGCUACCUUCGCUCCUUGGACUUAGCGGCCUCUCUGCCUCUUCCUCCGGCUGGGUUCGCCUUUCCCUCCUCCUCUCCCUUAGGGUAAAUAAGGUUAGGGGUAGUAGGCUGCUUGAGGCACUGCGCCAGCCUCUUCGGAAGGAGAUGCCCAUAUGCCGACGGAGCCCUCCUGCAGGCUCUCUGCUGGCUUUUGACAGCACCCUGGGUUACCCGGGCGAGGGGCCGAUAGUCCCUCGCAACGCUUUGGAUGCGAGGCGCCAGCGGAGCAGAGUACAACAGCAGCUGCCAGAGGGUCGAGUGAUCCUGGAGAGGACCUCUGCAAACAGGCUCUGGCUUGUUGGCCUUCUCGAAGCGUGGUUGCGGGAGAAGGGGCUUCAUCCUGCAGACUACUGGGACUUGCUUGCCGAGAGCGUCGCCAAACUUCUUGCAGAGUACGGCAGGGAGCUUUUCGACGCGGGGCGGCCAUACUGGCAUUUUGCAGAAACUAUAAACGCCACGGCAGGACGCAGGCCUGCGAUCAGACGACAGCUUCAACAACCUUGGGACCUGGCUUUUUCGUGGAUGAGUCUGGAGCCUCACACACAUCACGUUGCAAUGCCCUCUGUUGUGUUGCUCGCUGUAUUAACAGUCUGUUUGGUCUGGGGCUGGCGAACGGAGGCGGGUAUUUUCGGCCUAUCCUGGGGAGCUUUGCUCCGUAUAGGCGAGGCUGCCAAUGCUUCACGGUCUGCUUUGAUACUGCCGCGCGAUGUUCUCUGGACCCAGCGCUACGUAUUACUUCGGAUCGAGGAGCCCAAAACCAGGCUCAGAGCAGCGCGGCACCAAGCUGCAAAGCACGAGCCGGCUGACCUCGUCGAGCUCGUCGACGCCGCUUUUAAGCACCUUGCGCCCUCCUCGCGCUUGUGGCCCUUCUCUACGCAAACCUUGAGAAGAAGGCUGGACAGCGCCCUGGAGCGCCUGGGAGUGCCUACAGCGCGUACCGACAAAAGGCCGUUGGAUCUCGGAUCCUUCCGCCCUGGUGGGGCGACCCACCUACUGCAGAUCGCGGAGGACUCCGAACUUGUCAGAAGGAGGGGCAGGUGGGUGAGUCACAAAGUGAUGGAGAUUUACUUGCAGGAGGUCGCUGCUGUAACUUUCUAUCCUUCGCUUUCUGCAGAAACAAGACAGAAGGUGUUGCAAGCGGCGAGUUGCUUCCCUUCCGUACUUCAGCAUGCCCUGUCGUGGACUCGGGACAACAUCCCCACGCAGGCCUGGUACCACCUUUGGCGAUGA